AUGCAAGCCUCAUCUAGUGGACAAUUUGAAUCCGAUGGAGAGGGUUCUGAUUUUUUGACAAAUAACAAUAAUAUUAAUGGUGGAGGUGGAGGAACCAAUGGUGCUCCCUUAGCAAAUCCACAACAAGCAAUGAGUAAUGUCGGAACGAGUAGUGUUGGUUCGACAGUUUCAACUAAUACCGAUUCUAAUCUUUCAAAGAAUGUUGUGUCCAUGUUUAGAGAUCAAUUCAUUGGAUUUAUGAUAUCAUUCAAUGCAAAAGUAUCGAGAAUUUCCAAGCUAAAGUAUGGUAUCCUUAAUAUUUUGAUAUAUGUGUACUUGUGGUACGUUACAAUGGUACUCUCCUCUUGUCCUUCAAGAAUUGAUGAAGAAACAUCUGCAUCUGCAUCAUCAUCUUCAACAACAUCUUCCUCACAUCACUACUUGUGGGGAGAAAUACCAGGUUGGAUUCAUAGAGCCUUAUUCUAUCCCAUAAAUUUUGGCGUAGAACAUUACCCUUACGAGCUAACAUUGACAAUAUCUGCGCUAUAUCUGCUUGCUGAGGUUAUUUGCAUUGGACUCUUAGUUCUCUUUCAAGUGGCCAAGAAUAAGGGAAGCAAAUGGAGUGAAAAGAUUAAUUCAAUUGCUUCCAAACUGAUACUUUUCCUUAUUGUGACUUCACAUUUUGCAUUGUGGAUUCAUACAGUACCUAUGGCACCACUCGAAUCAAUACCACUAGGACACGGUUCAUCAACAAUAACGAGUAGUUCAUCAUCAUCAAAAACAUCUUCUUCAGCAGAGGAGGACACUUAUCUUUACUAUUAUCCUUCUCUUUCAAUUAGUUCAACAGUGAAUAUUAUUUUCAUAGUGAUUGGUGCACUUGGUGUGGUUUGCAAUGUUGGAGUGACACUGUUGGGAUUCAUUCUCACUGCAGAAACUGUUCCACCAAUGAAGAAAUAUUCCUUAUUUUCAAUUGAUAGAGUGGAGCCAACAGCUGUUCUUCUUUUCACAAAUCAAUUGAGUGUAAUUGUUACUGUUAUUGUAACUUCUCAUUUGGCAGUCGUGUCGAGUGCAUUCAAGAUUGUAAUCUCUGGAAUAUGCUUGAUUUUCUUCAUGAACAAAAUACCCCACUACAGAAAGUGGGAGAAUUCUUUAAUGGUGGGAGUAAUGUUUGGAAAGACUUUGGGAAGUAUUGGACCUCUUGUUUCUGAUCUAAUAGUCUCGGGCGAAACAAAUGCAACUACUCUUGGAGGAGCACUAACUGGUGUCACUAUUGGAUUGCAAGUAAUUGGAUUCAUUAUAGGAUUCAUUGGAUUUUACAUUUAUCUAAGCAUGAUAACUAGGUCUGUUCGUAAAUUCUUAUUAUCAGAAUUUGAGGAUAAGAAGAAGGAUAAAAUAGGAGCACAACAAGCAUUUGCCUAUUUUGAAGAGAAUAAGAAUAUGAAGAAGCUGUCACUCUAUAUCAAAUUAUCAAUGGGAGAAAAUGGUUCUGCAAACUUUAAUGUGGCCACUCGAUUUGUGAGGAAUAUUGGUGUUUCCAGAAGUAUGACCAAUGUGGAUUUCCUCAUUACAGCAGCCAUAUUCUCUGCAUUCCAUCCGGAUGUAGAUGACCAAUUUACAUGCAUUGCCAAUGCCAUUCAUUUACUUCAGAGAGCUCAAAAACAACAUCCAUCACUCUCGUUCAAGUACAUGAUCAUGUUAAGGCAUAAGGAAAUUGAGGAGAAUAUGAAUACCAUAUCUGCUAUUAAUAUUGAAUUGAGACAAAUGUUACAGACAUUGGAUAAGAAACAACACUUGUUACAAUAUUUCCAUAGAGAAUUUUACAAGGAACUUUUGAAUGAACAUCCUUCAUUGUCCAAGAUGGAAAAUAUCAAUAGAACUAUAUCCAUUAUAGUUCAGGAUUGUGAUCUCAAGUUUAGAAAUUUACUAGUCUCCCAUCCUAAUGAUAAAACCCUAUUGAGAUCGUACGCCUGUUACUUGGAAACUUGUAGGUGGGAGAAGGAGCUAGCAGCUGAAUACUAUGAUGAUGCCAAUCAAAUUGAGGAAGAAGAGGCAAGAAAACACCAUCAUAAGAAGGCAAAGAAUAACUUUAUGAGUAGUGACUUUUCAAAGAGAAGAGCCAUUCCAACAGCAUCAAACAAAGUCGUACCAAUAUCCAAUAUGGCUGCUAAUUUCGAUCGUAAAAUUAAUGCCUCACUGGAUUUUGAUGUUGUGGAGAAAUCGUUAGAUCAUAAACAUGAUGAAGAAAAUUGGGAAUCAGUAUCAAAUGCAGAGGAGUUAUCUAAGAAGGAAGACUUGUUCAGAAUUGCAAUCAACACUGAGGAUGACCAUACUUUUACCAAAAUUUGGUUUUCCAUAUUCACCAUGUUCUCUAUCAUUGUCAUUUCUGUAAUUAUUGGUUUUGGAAUGGGCCAGCUCAAGAUUACAACAGACAGAGUUUCACUGCAAGAGAAGGUUUGCUCACUGAGUGGAAUUCCUUACCUCAUUGUUUCACAAUUAAGAUCAGUGCAGUCCAUCUAUAGAUUCUCUUCCUCUUCGUGGGAGCAAACUCUCAAGGUACCACUGGUUGCAAAUAUAGCAAAGAAUCAAUUAAGCAUGUUGAUGGAGAAGGUACAACAUGUCAAAGAUGCCUCAAACAAUGGUGAAUUUGUUCCCGAAGUUGUUGAAAUGUACAAUGAAGUUCGUUGGACGAAUAUCAUUCCUAUUAAACAACAAACAGAGGAAACAAGCAUUCCAUUGUACCAUAAAGUGAACGGAUCGAUUGCAGAGUUUGUCGAAUCCAUGUUGACACAAGCUCAUGAACUUGAGAAACAGUUUGAUAAUUUACAUGUAUUGAAUGUUACCAUGUCAAAUUAUAACUUUUUAUACUAUUAUUUGGGAAGAACUGAAAUGACAGAAGCUUUUGACUAUUUUUGUUCUACCUUCAUCAAGAGUUCAGAAAGCACAGAAAUAGAAGGUCAAAAAGAGUUUUACAUUCUCUGUGGUGUUUUGAUGGGUACCUAUGCUCUACUUGCUUUGAUUUAUGUAAUUGUUUUGAGAACUCAGCUUUUACAAACAUUGAGAAUUAUUAGAUGUAUAUUCAAGAAGAUUCCAAAAGAAGAAAGUGGCAAAAUUUUUCAUCGUUUUGAUAAGAAACUCUAUGAUGAAAUACAUAAGGAAAAUAGAACAGUGUUGACACCUAAGAAUCUCUUCCUUGUCACUACCAUUUUGAUUAUUUUGAUAACAUUCCUUGUGUGUAUAUUGAUCAUUAUUGAUUUCGAACAGGGAUCACAAGAAAUUAUGUCCACAAUGGUGACAGUCUCAUCGCUAAAUGAUGUUAUUACCAUUUCUUCAAAGGUUACCUUUACGUUGAAUGAGUUAAUCACAAAAAGUAUAAUCAUGAAUGAAAACUGGAUUGAUUUGAGAGAUAGAAACUUGGAAGAUUUGAAACAAGCUGCCAUAGCAUGGAGAGACAUUACCAUUGGUGGCAGUGAAAAUAAUUUCAAGCCAACAGUGUUUGGUAUUUUACCUGAAAUUGAUGACUUGUUGGAUGGAACCUGCAGCAAUAAGACAUUCCAGGUGUCUGAACCUCUCAAUUACACAACAGUCAUGUCAGAAUUGAGUUGCAGAGGAAUGGAUCAAUUGUUGAAUAUAUUUAUGGAUAGAUCCUAUGAAUUGAGUCAAGAUUUUUAUUCUAAUUACUAUGAUAAGGAAAGUGCUAUGGAGUUGUACUUUACUUACAUUUAUUUCCUCUCUGUAACUUUCUCAGACAAGUUAUUGGACUUGAUAAGUGUGUAUGUGAAUUUCGCAAAGCAUCCAGAAGUUGCCUUAGCAGCGGCAUCGACUUCUGUUGGUUUGAUAUUAAUUAUCAUGUUGAGCUACUUUGCCUAUUCAAAUAUUUCAUCCUAUUGGAUGGAAAAGCAAAAUUUAAGAAGUUUGUUAAAUUAUAUUAAUUGGGAAUUGAUUGAACAAAUAGACGAUUUGAAGCAGUAUGCAGUUUCACAUAGAAUUAAGGAAAAUACCUAUCAAAGUUUGGAAAAGGUUUCUAGCAAAAUUUCCAAGUUCAAUGUUUUCAAAUUUGAAGAUGGUGACGAUGAAGAAUCCAACGAUCCAUUGGCCAUGACCAAAUCUAUUCUAUUGGCUGCAGCUGAUGGCAGUAUCGUUUGUAGUUCAAAUGGCUCUAUUACAAUUUUUAAUCCAGCAGCUGAAGACAUGUUUGGUUUGAAAGGAAGCGAAGUCAUGGGAACACACAUCACUGAUCUAUUCUCCAUUCAAGAUCAACCUAAAAUUGCAAAUUUGCUCAAAUCCAUGAAUAGUUCACUAAGUGCCUUCUCUGAAACAUUCGAAGCAACAGCUAUCCGAAAGAACAAGACAAUCUUCUCUGUGAAACUCUCAAUGAGUGUUUGUAUCUUUAUGAAGAAGGCCAUUGUUUCAUGUUUCGUCAAGGAUAUUACCCCAGAGAAGAAACAAAAUGCUCUCAUUGCUGAAGAAAAGAAGAAGAGUGAAGAUUUAUUAUUGAAUAUUUUACCACUUCCAGUCGCAAAUCGAUUAAAACAAGGUGAAACAUUCAUUGCUGAAAAGUUUACAGAUGUCACUGUAUUCUUUUCUGAUAUGGUUGGAUUUACCAAAAUGUCAUCAGGAAUGGAACCAGAUCAAUUGGUUAAAAUGUUGAAUACCAUCGUUAAUGAAUUUGACAAGCUGACAGAAAAGUAUUCCAUUGACAAGAUUAAAACUAUUGGAGACGCCUAUUUUAGUGUAGGUGGUUUGCAUGCUUCCAAAUCAAGUGAUCACCCAGAAAGAAUGUUAAGAUUCUCAAUUGAUAUCUUUUUCUUUUUGAACAAAUUCAACACAGAGACCAACAACAAGAUUAACCUAAGAGUUGGCCUUCAUACUGGUGGUUGUGUGGGUGGUGUAAUUGGCAGUAAAAAGUUUGCCUAUGAUUUGUGGGGUGAUACCAUUAAUACUGCCUCGAGAAUGGAAUCUACAUCCAUUGCUGGAAGAAUUCAAUUAUCCAGAUCUACCUAUGAGAGAGUUUUUGAUUUGGAUUUCCAAUUUGAAGAAAGAGAUGGAAUUGAAGUAAAAGGAAAAGGAUUAAUGAAAACCUAUCUAGUCCAUCAAAAACACCAUCCAAUUGCUUUUGAAGAAGAACACGAAAUGACUCCAAUUAUUAUUGAACCACAAACUUGUCAUCCUCCAUUAUUGGAAUCAAACAACAUGUCAACACCACUUCUUGAGGAACAUUUGGAAAACAAUGAUGAAACCCUAGAUAGUAGCAGUGGAUAUGAUAAUGAUAAAUCCACAACACCCAUUCCCAUUGGAGGUGGCAACAACAGCAAAUCUCCAUCAUCGUCAUCAUUAAAAUCCUCACCACCAACCUUUUCCUCCUCUCCCAAUACUUCAACUUUUCAUUCCAUAAGUAAAAAUCAAGCAUCAGCAGUUCCUUCAACAUUGGUUUUUACUAGAAAUUCAUCGACAGUAUCACCUUCUAGUCCUAUUAGUGCUAGUUAUAGUGGUGCAAGUGGACAGGUUCAUUUUCAAUCAUCAAAUUUAACAUCAAAUGUGACAAGUGAAAGGAAGACUACCAUGUUUCAUUUUGGAAGAAAGAAAUCAGUAUUGAAGGCUACUCCGAUUAUAUCACCUCUUUUGUUACCAACUCCUGAUCAAUCUAAUAAUUCGUUUAGUUUAGGUUCGAAUAAUGCCUUGACAAGUACAAGUAGUGGAAUGUCUUCACAAGGAUCUACUGGAAAUUUGGAAAGUGUUGGGCAAUCAUUAUUGGAAAAUUCUACAAUGGCUACUUUUGCUUCAUGGGAAGAAGUUAAUGGAUCCAUGCUCAAUUCAUUCGAUUCAUUUUCUUCAGUUUCGUCCAAUUCAGGAAGUUUCGAUUCAAAUUACGAAGAAAGUUCGGAACCUUCUAAAAGAUCAAGUGUUGGGAAAUCUAGAAAAUUCACAACAUUUAUUUCGAAAAUAUUUGGAAAGAAUCAAGAAAAUGCAAUUCAAUCAACCUCUCCAAAAUCGAAUAGAAGCAAAGCCAAGUUUCUCAAUUCUCUAUCCGAAACUGAUGAUUUUUUCAGGGAUAGUGCAAUGGGAAUUGAACCAAGUCCUUCACCAUCAACCAGUUCAGGAAGUUUGAAAGGCCACCAUGCAGCAUCCAAUUCACUAGAGCAACAAGAUAGAUCAUUUACAGAUUUGGACACCAAACAAAAAUCAAUGUUUAAUGGAUGGUUCCAAGAGAAGGCCUCCAUUUUGGAAGAUUUAUUCGACAAGGAGGGCUGCGUGUAUUUUUACAAGAAUCAAAUCAAACCAGGUCAGAAUAAGAAGAGAUCUUCCACCACUCUUAAUCUCAGUUCGAAUAGUUCAAGUAGUAAUGAAGGAAAUGACGAUGAUGGAAAUGGUGAUCUCUCCAGGGAGGAAGAUGUUUUUGUUGAGAGAUUUUUUAGUUGUAAGAAUUCGGCCAUUACAAUUUUCGAGAAGGGAACUAAGGAUUCUCCUGUCAAGCAUUCAUUCUCAUGGAAUCAGAAUGUUACAUUUAGUUUGGUUCCUACUGAAAAAUCAUUUGAUACAGUUGUUGCCAAGUCGAUUAAGAAAGCCACACGAUACAACAGGUCACAAUAUUUCCUAUUUGAAAUUAGAGUGGAACAGGGUGAUAAUUUCUAUGUGAUGGAUCCACUCAUUCUUGUUGGAUUAGUCAGAACUAAAGAGGAACGUGAUGAUUGGGCUGAUUUAUUCGAAAUUUACUCAAUUUACUCAUCACUCAAUGUGUUAACAGAGGACGAUUUCACACUCUCAUCAACCAUGACAAGAGAGGAAACUCUUCGUGAUUAUUUCAUUCAGGAAUAUGAACUUUUCGAUGAAUAUCAAAAUGAAGUGAGAGAACAAGGUGAAAAUCAACAAAAUUUCAAUAACAGAGGAGAAACUGUAAUGGACCCUCGAUUGUCAACUAUUGAAAAUCCAUUCGAAGAGACAAAUGCAUUCCAGAGAGAAAUGGAAAAGUCAUAUACUUUUUUGAUUCAAUCAUUUGAUCCAUAUCUAGCAAUUAAUUCUCAGUCUCAAUAAAUGUGUACAAUAAAUUUAAUUUACAA